AUGCACCUGUUCAUCAUGAAGCCGUUCAUCACGUCCCCUUGCUGCAUCACGUUCCGCACCACGAUCAUUAUUGUCCACGACCAUCACACAGGCGACAUAAAGUCGCAGCACGAGUUCCGCCAUGGAGAUCUUGUCAAAGGUGGAUACGAAUUGGUUGAACCCGACGGUCGUUACAGGAAGGUGGAGUAUAAAGCCGACGAUCACACUGGG